GGAGAAAUGUGGCAGGGGUCAGGUUUGAACCAGUAACCUUCCACAUUUAAACCAAGUGCACUGACCACUUGGCCACCACCCCUGCCAAGGCAUUAUUUUGUUUAUUUUUAUUUCAGUUAGGUAAUUGAUUGCACUUAAAGACUAUAAAUUUUAAAGCUUUUGAUUUGAUUUUAUAAAAUAAUGUAUAAAAGUUGAGUGAGUGCUUUUUGUAGGAACUGGAGAAUCGGUACAUUCCGUUGGGGGUGUUUGAAUAAAAAAACUUGACUGGUGACUCUAAAAUUGAUGCUUCUUGUCUCUUGAACAUGUGACGUUUUUGUCAUAGAUUAAACCCACCUCCAGUAUGAAGAAGAGAGCAGUGGUCCUGCUGGCCUGUGGGUCCUUCAACCCCAUCACCAACAUGCACCUGAGGAUGUUCGAACUGGCUCGAGAUCAUUUAGAAGAUACCGGCCUUUACAGGAUAGUGAAAGGUGUCAUCUCUCCAGUCAACGAUGCCUACAAGAAGAAGGGUUUGAUUGAAGCCUCCCACCGUGUGGAGAUGGCCAGACUGGCCACAGAGAACUCCGAAUGGAUCACAGUGGAUCCCUGGGAGAGUUUACAGUUUGAGUGGAUGGAGACUGCUGCAGUGAUGAGAUAUCACUCUAAGUCACUUUCAGGGGACCAGGAUGAUGUGGACAAAGAAGACACUGUCCAUUAUGCAAAAAAGAGACGCACUGAGGAGAAUACUUCGUGGAGUUCAUCACAACAUGAAAGAAUGGAUGAUCCUCAGCUGAUGUUGCUGUGCGGUGCUGAUGUCUUGGAAUCCUUUGCCGUCCCUAAUCUGUGGAAGGAGGAGGACAUCGCUGAGAUCGUGGGCCACUACGGUAUGGUCUGUAUCACCCGCAGUGGCAGCGAUCCCAGCAAGAUCAUCAACCAGUCAGACAUUCUGUGGAGGCACCGCAAGAACAUCCACGUGGUUCGCGAAUGGGUGACAAAUGACAUUUCAGCUACACACGUGCGGCAAGCGCUCCGUAGAGGUCAGAGUGUCAGGUACCUGCUGCCGGAUGCAGUGGUUGACUACGUUCGAGAGCGUGGCCUCUACACUGCCGAGAGUGAGCAGAAAAAUGUAGGGGUUGUGUUGGCACCCUUUAAGAGAUGCACUGACGCUUCUUCAAGCUGUGUGUCAGAAUUUUCAGAAAAAUUUACGAAAAUGCCAGCCAGCCUCUGUGGUGCUUGGGACAUGGUCAGUAAUGUCAACUUCGAAGGCUACAUGAUUGCACUCGGUAUCAGCCCGUGCAUAAGAAAGAUUGCACUAAAGCUGAAGCAUAAGAAGGUGAUUGAGCAGCAGGGCAAUAACUUCGUCAUAAAAACCACCAGCACCUUCAGGAGCUACACCUUAGGCUUCAAAGUGGGUCAGGAGUUUGAAGAGUUCACUCAAGGUCUGGACAACAGACAUAUGAAGUCACUGGUGACAUGGGAGGGGAAUAAACUUGUGUGUGAACAGAUCGGCGAAAAGAAGAACCGCGGCUGGACUCACUGGAUUGAAGACAACAAACUGCACCUGGAGCUGUACUGUGAAGGAGAAGUGUGCAAACAGGUUUUCAAGAAGAAUGUGAGUUAGUGGCGACGAGUGAAGUUCUGAUGUUUGCAGAAGAAAAGUUACUCUGUGAUGAAACUGAAGAACAAAAUCACACUGUAAUGGGACUUCAGUGGUGGAAGAAAAACAUCUUUCCUCUCAGGAUGUGGACUUCUACCACUAGAUGGCAUCACUGGUUUAUCCAGUUCUACACUGGACUGUAGUUUGGUGCUGCUUGUGCUCAGGAAAAAAAGACAGUUCUGUUUCUGCUACAUUCAUCAGGCUGAACAGUAAAACUGGUCUCCGCAGGCUGGUUGUUUCCUACGAACUGGACUUUUUUUCUUUGUUUGUGUGGUCCACUAUACAGUGGAUCAUGUCGUGUAAAAAUAACAACACGAAAGUCAUUAAUUUUUGCAGACAUGUAUUUUCAAUCCAUACUGUCCAACAGAAAGCAAGGUGUAUGUUUGAAACAUGAAGUUUUUGUAUAAUAAAAUGCAUUUUUUUUACA